AUGCAGCAAAAAGCUUGCAUUCUUCUCAUCUUAUGGCUUCCAUUUAGCUUGGCCAUAUCAAACCAGACCCUCGACAACAGCACAAUCGCCCUACCCGGCUGCCCAACUGAGUGCGGGAAUGUAUCCAUUCCAUACCCAUUUGGUAUCGGUUUAGAUUCUGGAUGUUCCAUUGGCCCAUGGUUUGAUAUCAACUGUAAUGCAUCUUUUAACCCUCCAAAACCCUUCCUCAGCAAAACUAAUGGCGAGAUUAUCAAUAUAUCAGACACCCAAAUCCGUAUCAAAAGCAAUGGGAUAGCUUACAGAUGCUAUAAUCAGACUGGUGGUAUAACUCGCGAAUCUCUAGCCACAUAUGGUAUAGAAGAAACCUCCCCCUUCAGCUUUUCAAAUGAAAAUAAGUUCAUAGUUGUGGGAUGUGAUGAUGUUUCCUAUAUGGUAAGAGCGGGCACUGGUAACUCAAUCAGUUCAUGUGCUGCCUUAUGUUCAACGAGGAAGGACUUGAGUGAUGGAUCCUGUUCUGGAAUUGGCUGUUGUCAAAACUCCAUUCCCAAGGGCGUAAAGAAAUACUCUAAUUUCCUGAAAAGCUACGGAAAUCACACGAACGUCUCGUCCUUCAACAGCUGUGGCUAUUCCUUUGUUGGAGAACCGGACAGCUAUACGUUUCACUCAUCUGAUGUCUUUGAUCCUACUUCUGUUCUCAGAAUUGUAGAAACUGUUCCAAUGACAUCAACGAAUGUGAGAACAAUCCGUGUCAUCAAUACGAAAUCUGCAGUAAUACUCCAGGCGGUUAUAAGUGCUCUUGCCAGCAUGGUUACCUUGGUGAUGGCAGCAAAUUUGGUUCUGGUUGCAUUGCCCAGCGUUCAAAUAAAGCAUCAGUGUUCUCAGGUAGGUUAUAAACAUAUAGUUACCCCUGCAAAUUUACUCAUAUCACUUCUCAUCAUGUUCAUCACAUUCAAUCAAAAGUUUAAGUUCGAGCAUCGGAUUGUUAUUACUUAUAACAGUUACCUAUUGGCUGUACAAAGUAGUGAAGAAGAGGAAGAAACAUAA